UUCUUCACCACCUCUCAAACCCCCGCUCCCUCUCUCCCUAAAUCUUCUCUCAACCUCUCUCUCUGUCUCUCUCUAUCUCUCUCUCCCUCUCUCUCUCACGACAAUGUGUCAGCCACCUUCAUCUCCUCUAUCACCCAAAUGCAAUUCAAACCAUGGUUAUCCUCAAAAAAUGAAAGAGCCAGAGCCCCACAUGGGCACCCCAUUGAUCCCCAAAAGCCCAACAUCUAACCAACAGCAAUAUACACAAACCCACCUCUCUCUAGCCAUUAGAGAAGCCAACUCCAUAGCUAAAAUUGCUCUUCCCAUGAUACUCACAGGCCUUCUACUCUACUCUCGUUCGAUGAUCUCCAUGCUCUUCCUUGGCCGCCUCGGAGAGCUAGCUUUGGCCGGCGGUUCUCUAGCCGUCGGCUUUGCUAACAUCACUGGUUACUCUAUUCUCUCUGGCCUCGCCAUGGGAAUGGAACCCAUUUGUGGACAAGCUUUUGGAGCCAAGAGACAUGCCCUCCUUGGCCUCUCUCUUCAGAGAACUGUGCUUUUGCUCCUCUUCACUUCACUUCCCAUAGCCUUUCUUUGGUUAAACAUGAAGAGAAUUCUACUCUUCUGUGGCCAAGAUGAAGAUAUAGCUGCAGAAGCUCAAUCAUAUCUCCUCUAUUCUCUUCCUGACCUCUUUGCUCAAUCUCUUCUUCACCCAUUACGGAUCUACCUUCGAACUCAAUCCAUAACUCUGCCUCUCACAUUCUGCGCUACUAUGUCAAUUUUUAUGCACAUACCCAUUAAUUACCUUCUUGUUUCGCAUCUCAAUUUAGGAAUCAAAGGCGUUGCUCUUAGUGGGGUUUGGACUAACUUCAACCUUGUAGGUUCUUUAAUCAUCUACUUACUCAUCUCCGGCGUGUACAAGAAAACUUGGGGAGGAUUAUCCAUGGAGUGCCUGAGAGGGUGGAAACCUCUCCUGAAUUUAGCUGUUCCCAGCUGCAUUUCAGUCUGCCUCGAAUGGUGGUGGUAUGAAAUCAUGAUUCUUCUUUGUGGGUUGCUGCUCAACCCAAGAGCAACCGUUGCUUCAAUGGGGAUUCUGAUUCAAACCACUUCACUCAUCUACAUAUUUCCAUCUUCUCUGAGCUUCAGCGUAUCCACAAGGGUCGGCAACGAGCUGGGCGCCAACCAGCCAAACAAAGCCAAGUGUGCCGCCAUUAUAGGCCUGGCCUGCAGCUUCACACUUGGGUUUUCAGCACUGCUGUUCGCAGUCAUGGUGAGGAACGUAUGGGCAAGCAUGUUCACACAAGACGCAGAGAUCAUAGCCUUGACAUCAAUGGUCCUCCCCAUAAUCGGUCUGUGUGAGCUUGGAAACUGCCCACAAACAACAGGAUGCGGGGUGCUGAGAGGCACAGCCAGGCCAAGAGUUGGAGCAAACAUCAACCUGGGUUGCUUCUAUCUGGUUGGAACCCCAGUUGCAGUAGGGCUAGGGUUCUACGCAGGGUUCGACUUUGAGGGUCUGUGGCUCGGUCUCUUAGCCGCACAGGCCUCAUGCGUGGUGACCAUGCUGGUUGUUUUGAAUCGAACAGAUUGGGAGGUAGAAGCCCAGAGAGCUAAACAGCUGACUUCAGGCCCUCUGGUUCCCGAUGAGGAAGACGACCUAUUAAUCAAACCUGAAAUUAAGGUGAAUUCUUACAGUCUGGCCGGUGAUUUAGAUGCUCCUCACUCACCUGUUUAAUCCACCAUUCUUUUUUUUUUCUUUCUUUUUCCUUUUCCCCUAAAAUGUAAAGGAGAGGGAGAAGGGUAGUUUUGGGACUAUGCAGUACUUUACUCAAGAAAAAAUCUACCUCCAGGAUUUUCUUUCUACUUCCAUGGAAUUCUUGAAAUUCAUGGGAUGUAACCUGCCAGGAGAUCAACCACCAUUUUUCUA